CCUUCCAAAUUAUCUUUUUAUUAAUUAAUUGCUCUAAAUUUCCUCAUUUCCUAUUUCUGGCGUUACCUCACACUCUUCCUUCCUUUCCCUUUGUUUAUUUCUCUGUCUCUCUCCCUCCCAAAUUCAACGCUUCUCAAUCAACAGAAUCCCGUAAUUUCCCCCAAUUUUCUCUCACUUUCCAACGGAUUUUUUCACAAACAUCUCACUGCAAUCCCUACUUCUUCGCUUUUUCUCCAAUUUUACUCCAUUUCUAGGUUUUUCCCCCAUAGAUCUAGCUCUAUUUUACUCGAUUUCACUCUUCCACUGACCAGUAUGCUCAGUUUCAGCUCUCGACUGCUGCAAUUUACUGUUAUGGAGUGUGAUUAGGGUUUGAUCACGUUGACAGGGAGUGUCAGAGACUUCACUGUAACUUCUUUGCGUGUGUUUUUUGCUAGAAAUGGCUGCUUUGCAGCGAGCAGCGUCUAUUGUGAGCGCGACUGCCAGUAACUAUGGUUAUUGUAAAGUUGCUGCUGCUGAUGGAGUGGUGUCUGAUCAGUUUCCGGCUGGCUUACGUGUUUUGGUAGUGGAUGAUGAUACUACAUGCUUGAGGAUUCUUGAGCAGAUGCUUCGCCGUUGCCUUUAUCACGUUACGAGUUGUUCCGAGGCCAAAGUCGCGUUGGAUCUUCUUAGGGAAAAGAAAGGCUGUUUUGAUGUGGUACUAAGUGAUGUUCAUAUGCCUGAUAUGGAUGGAUUUAAACUUCUUGAGCAUGUUGGCCUAGAAAUGGACCUUCCUGUUAUUAUGAUGUCUGCUGAUCGAAGAACAAGUGCUGUAAUGAAGGGGAUUAGACAUGGAGCUUGUGAUUAUUUGAUUAAACCUAUACGUGAAGAAGAGCUCAAGAAUAUAUGGCAGCAUGUUGUUAGGAAAAAGUGGCAUGAAAAUAAAGAUCUUGAACCUUCUGGAAGCCUGGAAGAUAAUGAUCGGAAUAAACAGGUAAAUGAUGAUGCUGAAUAUGCUUCUUCUGUUAAUGAGGGAACAGAAGGAGUUUUGAAGGGACAGAAAAAGAGGAGCAGUUCCAAAGAUGAAGAUGAUGGCGAACCAGAAAAUGAUGAUCCCUCUACAUCAAAGAAACCACGUGUUGUAUGGUCUGUGGAGCUUCAUCAACAAUUUGUCAGUGCCGUAAACCAGCUUGGAAUUGAUAAGGCUGUACCUAAGAGAAUUCUAGAAUUGAUGAAUGUACCUGGUUUAACCAGAGAAAAUGUUGCAAGUCAUUUGCAGAAGUUUAGACUAUAUCUGAAGAGAUUAAGUGGGGUUGCUCAACAUGGCGGGAUUCCUAAUACAUUCUGUGGCCCCUUGGACCCAAAUAUAAACCUUAAUUCACUUGGAAGGUUUGACAUUCAGGCUUUGGCUGCCUCAGGUCAGAUUCCUCCACAAACAUUAGCAGCACUGCAUGCAGAGCUUCUUGGUCGACCAGCAGGUAGCCUGGUUACAACAAUGGACCAACCGGCUCUUUUACAAGCAUCCAUGCAGGGUCCCAAGUGUAUUCCUGUUGAACAUGGUGUGGCAUUUGGUCAGCCAUUAGUAAAAUGCCAAUCCAAUAUUUCUAAACCUUUCCGACAAAAUAUGACACCUGUUGAAGAAGUUGCUUCAAAGUUUGGUGCCUGGCCUUCUAAUAGCCUUGGCAUGGUAGGGCCUAAUACAAAUCUUGGAGGUGUGGGUACUCAAAAUGGUAACAUGUUGAUGGACAUGUUACAUCAGCAACAACCACAGCAGCAGUCACUAUCAGAGGCCAGUCUUUCAAUUAAUGUGCAGCCGUCUUGCCUUGUGGUCCCUUCUCAAUCAUCAGCGAGUUUUCAGGCAGGAAAUAGUCCUUCUUCAGUCAAUCAGAGUUGCAACUUUAACAGGAAUGCUGUCAUUGAUUACAGCCUUCUAUUAUCACAAUCAUCAUUGAAUAUUGGGCAUGCACCAAUUGGGAAUCAAAAAACUACAGGUGUUGUUAGUGGGUACUCAGUCUCUGCUUCCAUAUCUCCUUCUGCAUCAUCAUGUUCUGUCAAUGCUGACAGUGGCAUCAAUCGUCAAGUUCAAAAUUCAACCAUUACCUCUGGAGCUGAUAGACAUUUACCAGGGCUUGCUUCUAAUAUUAGUGAUGUCCAGGGCACUUAUGGUGCUAAGUCGGGUGAAGUUCUUGAUCAAGGACCACUUAGGUACCUUGGAUGUGUUGGUAAAGGGACUAUCCUUCCAAGCCAGUUUACAGUGGAUGAAUUUACAGUACCAAUUAGCAAUCUGAGCCGAGGAAAAAUUUUUGGAGAUAACAAUGGCAGUAAAGUAAAGCAGGAACCAAAUAUGGAAUUCACAGAUAAUGCAAGAGUGGGAGUCUCAGUAUUGCAGCAAUUUCCUCCAAGUGAUCUUAUGAGUGUUUUCACAGAAUAGUUGAUAACAGGCUCUAUUUGUGUGGUGGAGGGCAAAUUAAUUUUUCAUGGAAGUACAGAUUAUUUGAUGUCAGAAGGGAUUCAAGUGUAAGUUUAUCAUUUGUUGUGGGCUUAAUUUCCAGUGCCUGCGUCGUUCUCAGACAAAGUAUGAAGCCUCCCCAGUAUUUAUAGCAUUGAAAAGAAAUAUUUUACAUAUUAUGUGAAUUUCAGUUGAAGUGCUGGGGCGAAGCUCUACAUGCAUCAAGAAGUAGUUCCUUUUCACUAGUCCGUAAGAAAAAAAAGUUUGUUUUAGAUUUCAACAGCUUGAAUUGAAGGCCCACAUGAUGGCAUCUUGCUAUCUUAGCUGUGUGGUUAUUUGGGUAAGAUGAUGGAAAUGCUAAUUUGUGUAUAUUAUGCUAUUCAUUCAGGAAGUGCGAUUCUCUUUA